GGUUCUCUACAGUCGUUUACUACCCGUCCGACAUUGCGGUCGUCGUGUCCAGUUUUUUCUCGGUGCACCUGUUCCUCCCUCACACAAUAUUAUAUAGUUACGGUGUUCCGUCUUUUGUCCGUUUUCUUUUUGGCGCCAUCCCCGCCUCGUCGUACCGAGUCGAUUUUCGUCACGUACCACCCCUCUCAGCUCUUCCCCCUGUCCGUACUGAAAUAAUAAUACUUAUAUAAUCGAUCGUCGUACCGAGUGCACGUGGUGAAUACAAGACUAAUUUAUAAUUAACCAGACCUGUCUAUAUCAAAAACGAGCAGCGCACCCGUCGGAUCAGAAUAAAGAAAAGUUCGCCAACAAAAACGCCGAAUAGUUUCCGCACCGUUUUAUAAUUUGACAUGUUAGUAGUGUCUGUGGAAAUCUGAGUGGUUACGGGGACUACGUGGAUAUGUCGACAACCAGUGGCGGUGACACUAAACACAUGCAGGAGAACUCGGUGACCACCUUAUACGACGGUGACAGGACGGUUGUCAACCAUAGAGUGUCGCCACCGUCCUCGUCCAAUGCCGACAGUGGUUUGGACAAUUCCAACACAGAAUCAUCCUCUGGCGACGCUAAACUCAUCAUAGACGUGCCUGACUUUUCCAGAGAAAUGGAAACACCUCGCACGGGUAUUGAUAACCCGAGCUUUGAGACUGAUAAAACUGACGUACCAAAACCUCUAACUAACGGGCAUAAUGGUACCGUUAAUCAAGAAAAGGAUAAAAUGGCUGAAGCUGUGAACUUAGAAUUAAUUAAUAUGAAACCAUUCGCCAAAAGCAUUAAUGGCAAAGAAAAUGGAGUUCCCACGAAAAAAAAAGAAACUGCUGUCAAUAUGAACGAUACGUACGAUGACUAUUUUAUUCCUGUGAAUGAACACAAAAAAUACAUAAGGGGUGGAGAAAAAUUGUAUGUAACCAAAGAUAAACGAGAUAUGAAUCAAUCUAAAAAACCAUUUAUGUGUUGGGUGUUUGGAUUGGUAUUAUUGGCUGCUGCUGUCAUCGUCGCGAUUUUAGCGUCAACCGGUAUAAUAUUCAACAACGAAACCGCAUUAGAGAGUAGGAAUUUCAUGGAGAAUGAGAAAAUCGCUGGUUUUGGUAAUCACCACGGACAUUUCUCGUCAGUCAGCCCACCACCUAGUGUAGAAAGUUCGAGUCCAUUUAGCCCUCCGACCACCGAUAUGUCGGGAGUAUACCUUCCUAGAACCGUACAAGGCGAAAUUGUUAUUGACAAUAUGCAAUUUACUCCUGACUUGGCAAACAGAUCAUCUGGAGAAUUCCAAAGAUUUGCGCGUUCUAUCGAAACCGAGCUGAAAAAUGUUCUUUUUAAAAAUCAACCAUUAAGUACUGUUAAUGAUGAUAUACAUAUUAAAGUCAUUGAAUUUUCUCCUGGAAGUGUAGUAGCUAAAUAUAGAAUAGGCUGGGAAUAUAAAGAUGAUAGUGAACCACAGGAUCUCAUUGAUGCAGUAACUCUUAACACUCGAUUGGAUAGUUAUUUACGAGAGUCUAAUGGAUUUUUAUACAAUUAUAGAGUUCCUAUCCAUAGAUUGCGCUCAGAUCCUGUUAUGGAUAAAUGCAAAAUAGAUAACGGAAAAUGUUCCCAUUACUGUUCUUAUGAUUAUAAAAAUUUAGAAUUUGAAUGUUCGUGUCCACCUGAACUUACUAUAAGUGAGAAUAUGAAAGACUGCAAGCGAAUUAUUGAAGAAGACAGCUUUGACACUAUGUCCGAAUAUGAUUCUUUUCCGAAGUUUGAACCUAGUUUAGUACCUGAAACAAAAUCAGAAGCAGAACCUGAAUUAAAGACAGAAACUGAACCAAGUUCAAAAUCUGAACCUAGCUCAGAACCUGAAUUUAAACAUGAACCAGAGCCUAGUUCAGUACCUGCAGUGGAACCGGAACCAAAACAAAGUUCAGAACCUGAAAUCACUGCAGAAUUUGAGUCUAGCCCCGAACCUGAAGUGAAAGCAGAACCGAAGCCAAGUUCAGUAUCUGAAGUAAAAUCUGAAUCAGAGCCAAGUUUAGUGUCUGAAGUAAAAUCUGAACAGGAAUCUAGUUCAGAAACAGAAGUUAAAGCAGAACCAGAGCCAAGUUUAGUGUCUGAAGUAAAAUCUGAACAGGAAUCUAGUUCAGAAACAGAAGUUAAAACAGAACCAGAGCCUAGUUCAGAACCAGAAGUCAAAGCAGAACCGGAGCCAAGUUCAGUACUCGAAGUAAAAUCUGAACCAGAGCCAAGUUCAGUACCUGAAGUCAAAGCUGAACCGGAGCCAAGUUCAGUACUUGAAGUCAAAGCUGAACCGGAACCAAGUUCAGUACCUGAAGUCAAAGCUGAACCGGAACCAAGUUCAGUACCUGAAGUCAAAGCUGAACCGGAGCCAAGUUCAGUACCUGAAGUCAAAGCUGAACCGGAACCAAGUUCAGUACCCGAUGUAAAAACUGAACCGGAGCCAAGUUCAGUACCCGAUGUAAAAACUGAACCGGAGCCAAGUUCAGUACCCGAGGUCAAAGCUGAACCGGAGCCAAAUUCAGUAUCUGAAGUAAAAUCUGAACCGGAGCCUAGUUCAGAACCAGAAGUCAAAGCUGAACUGGAGCCAAAUUCUGUAUCUGAAGUAAAAUCUGAACCGGAGCCUAGUUCAGAACCAGAAGUCAAAUCUGAACUGGAGCCAAAUUCUGUAUCUAGUGUAAAACCUGAAUCUGAAAUGAAGUCAAAUCAGCCAGAACUUAGUCCAGAACAAGAAAUAAAAUCAGAAUCAGAAUUUGUGACAAAAACAGAACCGGAUACUAAACCAGAACCGGAACCUAGUGCAGACCCAGAUUCAAAAUCAAGUUUUAUUGACAGUUAUGAAUCGUUGUCAGAUGUUGAUAUAAGUUCUGAUUCAGAUUUCGCAGAACAAAAUAAUAAGCCAUUUUCAAGUUCUUCAACACAGAAAUCAAUUUUAAAUAUGGAUCAAUCUGAUAGAGAAGCAAAAUCACAUUCACAAGAAGUAUUCAGUCAUGAAAUCAAACCUGAAGUGACUUAUAUUGUAUCUACAGAAUCUGAAUUUGAAACGAAAACUGAGUCAGCAUCUAAAGACAAUUUGAAACCCAAAGAAAGUUCUGAAUUGUUAGGAGAUGUAGAUUUGAAUGAUCCAGAAGAAUCCACUACAAUUCCUUCAAUAACCGAAAACUGGUUGACUACAGCUUCAUCUAUAAUUCCAGGUAUUCCUAAAUUACCUAGUGAUUUGGAAGUAACAGAAAAAGAAAAUGUAUCCACGGAAGAGGAAAUGAAGACAGAAUCUUUAGGUUUGGAACAAAUGGAAUUGAAAUCAGAAAAUAAAACUUCUAUUGAUUUAAUAUUGGAUUCCCACACUGAAAGUCUAAUUGAAAAAAUAACCGAAAUUCCAGAACUAACUAUUUUGGAUAAUGUAAAAGAUUUAUCAGAUAUAGUAACCGUUUCAAGUAUAGAUACAGAUUUAACCAUCAAAGAAGAUAUAAAUUUAUCUAUUAAAGAAUUGGAAAAUAUUACAACUGAACAUGUUACCGAAUUCGUUGAUAUGACCACUAUGUCUCCAACAAUUGAACAAGAACUAAUUAAGCCAUUGCAUAGUUCAACAGAUCCAAAUUUCUCAGAAAAAAUACAUUCAGAUGAUUUGAUAACUUUAGAAAAAACUAGUAUACCCGACCCUACUAAAAAGUUACAGUCUUUAACAUCUCUGGAAGAUCAGAUAACUAAUUCACCUAAUGUUGAUGUUUUAAGUACAUCUACACAAAGCAGUUUUGACAAUUUCAGUGAAAAUAGUUCACCUGAUGAACAAGAUGCGAUAGAUCAAAUUAUAACACACUCGAGUGAAUCAAACUUUUCAGAUGUCGUUAAUGAAAAUGACAAUAUGAGUGCGUUGGAUUUAUACCAAAAACCAGAGUCAAAGAAAAAAGACAAGAAGACUUCCAAAAAUCCUGAAUUUUAUUUGUCUGAUAGUGGAUUUACAAAGAGAAACAAAACCAAAACAGAAAAAGAAAACAAAAAAAAUAAUAAAUCAGAUGCCAUGGAUAUGAUGCCAGAGUUAUUGAAUUCAAACAAAUGUGAAGAAGGACAAUUCCAGUGUAUGAACGGUACAACCAAAGACGGUUCAUAUUGUAUAAAAAUGUCAUCAAGAUGUGAUACAAAUAAAGAUUGUACUGAUAACUCAGAUGAAUAUGACUGUGUCGAAAAUGCUUGUUCUGGAAAUUUCCAAUGUAAAAGUGGUGAAUGUUUACAAAGAAAUCUGGUCUGCAAUAACAUUAUGGAAUGCGAAGACGGCAGUGAUGAACAAUCUUGUGACUCAUGGAAGUGUACCAAUGACGAAAAACAAUGUACUGGUGGACAAUGUUUACCAGUAUCCUAUUUUUGUGACGGAAAAUCUGAUUGUAAUGACCAUUCAGAUGAGCUACAAUGCAAUAGUACUUGUGAUGGGUAUCAAUGUUCUAACAGUUAUUGCAUAUCGAGUACUUUACAGUGCAAUGGAGUAAAUGAUUGUAGUGGAGGCGAGGAUGAACAAAAUUGUGAAUGUAAUUCCAACGAAUUUAAAUGUAAUACUGGUUCAGAAUGUAUUCCAAAAAACCAAGUUUGUGACAAUAUAGCACAGUGCACAGACCGAAGUGAUGAAUGGCAAUGUGUUCAACUCGACGGUGUUCAACUUUUUGCAAAAAAAGAAAGCGAAAUCGCCAUGAAAGUAUGUAGUGAUAAUUGGACAGACACUUGGAGCAACUUUGUGUGUCAAAGUCUUGGAUUUACUGAAACAAAAACAACUAAUUUCCGAACAAAUGAAAACUCUACAGAAAACUUUGUGGGCUAUCUUAAGUUGAAAGAUAACUCAACUUUAAAUAGUUCUAAGAGUUUGACGGGUUACCUUGAAUCAGCAUCAACAUCCUGUGAUACUGUGGAAAUAAAAUGUUCUUCUAAGCACCUGUGUGGAGAUUUUGGAGGCAAAGAUCCACUAUCCAUGGAAAUGUGGCCUUCUGUUGUCUACCUUCAUAACGCAAAAACCCAUAAGUCAUGUACAUCUAGUCUUGUAAAACGGAAUUGGAUACUUUCGUCUUAUAGCUGCGUACAUUCUAUUGAUGAAUCUCUAUCGCCUGAACAAUGGGAAGUGAUUUCAAGCAAAUCUCGAGUAGCCAAUGAACAGAAUUUAACAAAAAGAUCAGUUUCCAGGAUAAUUAGUCACCCUGGAGUAAAAUUUGAAAAAUUCCGUUAUUUCAACAACUCUGUAUUAGUAGAACUUAGCACACCGUAUGAUUUAUCAGACGAAGUCAAUACAAUUUGUCUACCUGAACAAGUUGUCGAUAACAAACAACCAUGUGUCACCGCAAGUUGGUCUUAUGAGUCGCCAGGAGUUUUCAAACAGUUUUCACGCUAUUUGUCUGAACCAUUAAUGCAAACAGAUUUGUGCAACUCAACUGAACACUUUAAUGGUUUCCUGACAGAACAGGAAAUUUGUGUUGCUUCGAAAGAAAUGGAAGCCAGUAAUAUGGAAAUUGGAUCGCCACUAAUGUGUUUGGCGGAAAAUGGAUUGUGGCAGUUACAAGGCAUGCUCAGUUACCGAGGUGGUUACGGCCGGUCAUCAAAACCAUCGCUUUACAACGCAAUUGUAGAAUCUGUACCGUGGAUAGAGAACACAAUAGCAUUUGGUGUUUAACAUGUUCUCUCGGCCGGUUCCCCCAUGGGACUAAAUGAUUGAUACUGUAAAAGUAUUUAGUAAAAAUAAUGAAACAGAAAUCUAUUAAACGACGACCGUUGUAUUAUUAUCUAUAUAGGUAGCGUCGUAAUUUAUACUUUUUUCAAGGGGAUAUUAUAUUUUUGUAAUAUAAUAAUGUAUUUGAUGUUUUAAGUGCCUACUUUUAAUUUUUUUUUUUUUUUUACUUAUGUUUUAAGAGAAAUUAAUCAUUUAAACUUAUCUAAUUAUAUGCGCGGUAUAUUAUAUGUAUACAGUUAAUUAAUAUUUAAUUUCAUAGGCUUUUAUAUGAUACGGCAUGUUUUUGACACGAGUAAAUACCGAGUUGCCAUAUUGAUUUAUAGGAAUAUUAUUCAUGUCUGUAAAAUAUUAUCCGUCCAUUUAUUAUUAUUAUUUUGUAUUUUAUAUUAUUAACCAGUAUAAUAAUAUAUACGAACAUGUUCCUUCGGUCGACCGUUUACAUUGUUUCGUGUGUUGGACACGCGAUCAUAAUAUUAUAAGCUUCAUUAGUUUCGUUUAAACGACUGUAUGUCAGUCGUGCAACGGUCUCAUCGACGUAAAAGCUCGUUAAAUCCAAAAUUAUAUCUUUUAUACUUGUUUGUAAUUAUUAUUAUAAAAUUUUUGUAGUUGUGCUCAAGAA